AGCUGUUCAAUUUAUUGCCCCCACCCGUACCACUUUAAACUUAAUUAAUGGCUUUGGUGUUAUAUAUUCCCACGUACUCUCCCACUCCUCUCUUCACUCCACUCCCUCUUAGACUCUAGUUAUAUCUCUGCUGCUGCAUGCUUUGAUUGAAGCAAAACUAGAGAUGAAGCUCUUCUUUGCUGCUUUGUUGCUGUGCUCCCUCCUCUUCAGCUCAUCUUUCUUGGAACCUGUCAUGGCCAAGUCAUCUUUCUGUACCAAGAAGUGCAAUACGAGGUGCGCCAACGCUGGCAUACAAGACAGGUGCUUGAAGUACUGUGGAAUAUGCUGUGAACAGUGCAAGUGUGUGCCUUCUGGAACUUAUGGGAACAAGCACGAGUGCCCAUGUUACAGGGACAAAAGGAACUCCAAGGGCAAGCCCAAGUGUCCUUAAAUGAUAAUCUCUUACACAGUCAGGAUGUGCCUGUGUUGAGAAAGUAAGGUCUCAUGUAUAUGUACGAGCUAGCUGUGUAUAAUUAGUUCUUGGGAGUGUACUUGAGUGAUUAGCUAGCGUGCGUGGGGGUAGCUGCUAGAUAUAAUAAGAGCUUGUCAAUCCUGUUCCCCUUUUUAUUUCUCUUCGUGUUUGUUUUUUUUCUUCUGGCAUUAGUUGCGGGCUUUGAUUAGCUUGGUCGUGCAUGAUCGUGUAAUGAAGACCAGUGAAUUAAUGCUGCUGUUCGUGUCGUACGUCAUAUUAUGUUAAA